AAACCCUACACUAUAUAGAAUACCCUAUCUAUAUAUAUAUAAUAUAAUCACCAUUGUUAUUGUCAUUAUUAUUAUUAUUAUUACAUCAACAUUGUCAAUUUGCUCAGCUCAGCUGCAAUGGCCAUGGAGAAUCCCCCCAGAAGCCUUCCCCUCAACUGGACUUUCUUCCCCCAACCCCAACAAGAUCAUUACUGCAAGGGCAUGGGCAUGGGAAUGGAUUAUGAAGUGAAGCAAUCAUUUCUGCUGACAAUGGAGCUGGAAGAGACGAGGAUGAAAGCCCAGGAAGAACUCAGAGCCAGAGAUGAACAAAUCUCACACCUCAAAGAUCUUCUCGCCAGAGCCCUCAAGGAAAGAGACCAAGCUCAGGACACGUGUCGCAAUCUCAUGCUCCACAAAUUCAUCUCCUCCGACCUCGACCUCGACCUCCCGAGGAAAGAAUUCGAUUCCAUUACCAAUAAUAACAAUAAAAAUAUUAAUAUCCAUAAUAAUAAUAUUAAUAAUAAUAAUAAUGGCUUCUCCGCCUCGUCGGACUGCGACGAGAGCAUCGUCUCCUCGCCGCGCAUAGCACCGGAGACGACGGCGGAGCUUCCGCCGCUGCCGGACGCCGCCGUCUUGCCGGAGAAAGGGAAGCUUCUAGAAGCGGUCAUCAAAGCUGGACCGCUGCUCCAGACGCUCCUCCUGGCCGGGCCGCUGCCGCAGUGGCGCCACCCCCCGCCGCCGCUCGACACCAAUCAGAUCCCGCCGUUCCCGUCGCCGGCGGCCGGCAGAAAAAGAGGGGCUUCUUCUUCCGACGGCGAGCAGCAGCUGGAUUCGCCGUCAGUGAAGUGCCAGAGACUGAUUCUUCUCCACUGAUCGAUUCAGCCAUUAAUUGAUCGAGAAAAAGUUCCAUCUUGAUUUAAUUUUAAUUCAAUUCCAUCUUAAUUAAUUAAUUAGGAUAUUUUAUUUUAUUUUAUUUGAAUUUGUACAGUCAGUCAGUCAGUGAAGAAGGUAUGAUUUAGUGGUGGUCUGGAGAAGGAAGAUUGUUGUUUUCUCUCUGUCAAAUUGACCCACCCACGCCUACUUUGAUUUUUAUUUUAUUUUAUUUACUCAGAAAAUUAGGGUUGUAAAAUUUAAUUUCAGAAAUUCUUACAACUACUGCGAUCUUCUUUCA